UCUGAUAAAAAAUAACUAACAAUUUAAGACUAUAUUUCAAACAAACACACCCUCACCCAAUAUACAUUGAGAAACAAAGAAAAUAUUUGCUUCCAAAAACCGUUCAGGUGUUUGACAAUCUUCGUGAUAUUUCAGCGGCGGGAAAACAUUGAAAGCAAUCGAGAACCUGGCACCCACACAGCCUCACAAAUUCCGCCUCAAGAUCGCUUUGAAACGUAGAGCAGCGAAUAAUCCAAAGAUGAAUGAUCAGCCUACGGAUAAUUCACAGUUCGACGCGUGGCUACGGGAAAAUAAAGACCCGAAAAAGGUUAUACAGUCACUGUGGUCUGAAGAGACCUGGGCAAAUACUGAUAGUGAUGGCACUACAGUUGCUUGUCUGUGCAUGGCGGUCCGUUGCGGGUAUGGCAAACAGGUGCAGCAGAUGAUAGAAGAACGCCCAAUCCUUCUAUCUGCCAUUAACGCUGCUACAGGCUUAACACCGCUAGCAACUGCUGUUUUAAAGGGUGAUACCAAUAUGGUGGGUAUUCUGUUAGUCCGAGGAGCAGACUUGGAGCAGCGUUCGAGUAUCGGACGUACACCACUACACCUAGCCGUUUUAACUGGACACAGCUUACUCGUAGAACUACUUCUAGAUCAUGGCGCUGAUAUACAGGCUCGAGAUAUAAACCACCUUGGCGUGGAGCACCUUGCAGUCGACUCUUGUAAUCUAGAAACACUAAGAUUUGUGCUGGACCGAGGAGACCUCAAUGUCACGGAUAGUAAUGGAUGGACACCGCUAUUCAGAGCUAUUUGUCAAGGAGCAAGCACGAGUGUUAUAGAGGAGUUAGUAAAACGUGGAAGUCAUUUGGAGGUGACUGACCGUGCUGGCCUUACUCUAGUUUCUGCAGCCAGACUUCUCACUGACAAACAUGGUAGGCGACGUGACUCGGUUUUGCGAUUGGUGGACUCACAGUAUCAACACGAGAAGGUGGUAGCCAGCUUCACUCGGGUCACCAAGAAGAUUUCCAGUGUUCAAGCACUGCGUACUAAUAAGUGACGCCUUUUUUUAACUUAAGUUAUAUUCUAUAACAAUAACAGCCGAUAUUGUACAUACAUGUGAUAUGCACGGUUGUUAUAGAUAUAUAUAAAUUAAGAACCCGUUCAAUAAUGAUUAUAAAAGUUGCAAAUCUACGCAAAUAGGUAGAGUUUUGUUGUGGUUUCAAUUAAUUAAUAAAAAUUGACCACUAUAGUUUUGAUGAUAAUAAAUACAAUCAUACAAACAAAGAGAACAUUUAAUAAAUACGCGUUUAUAUAGGUAAAAUAAGUGCUAUUUAUAUUUGUAGGACUGUCGUCAUCUACUGGCAAAAAGAAUUUGCAUAUCCAAUAAGCACAUUAAUGAUUUAACCCACUCCUAUAUGUGAUGUAAUUCUCACAGCUCUUGGAAUUCGGAGUCUUACUUUUGCGUCAUUUGGUUAUUUUUAACAAUAAGACACGAUUAUAACAUU